UUCAAAAACACUUUCAAACUCAUCAUCAAUCACUCCUGUAAAGCAAUCUACUGUAAUUAAGUUAUUGCUUAAAUUUAGCCUACAUAUGUGUGAAACUGUAGAAUAGAUUUAGUUGUUUCCUAAUUUAUUCUAAGAUUUCAGUAUAUAUACGUCCUCAGCCGAACAACAAAAGAACAAUUGAUUGAGCUCUUCAAUUCAAUCAAUCUAUUCAUCCUCAGUGCUAUUGUUGCUUCUCUUUCUUUCUUCUAUUCUAUCCAAAAGUUGUUUGUGGGGAUUGAAGAACAAAGUAGCCAAGACGGGUCUGCCUCUGUGGAUGCUCGGGUUGAGCAUGGAUCGGUUGCGAGAUGACAUGAAUCGUUUGCUCGCCCUACUCUUUCACCAGGGAGUGUUGGAUGAGCAGUUUUUGCAGCUACAACAGCUUCAAGAUGAGUCCUCUCCCAACUUUGUCUCUGAGGUUGUCAACAUCUACUUCCAUGAAUCUGAGAAGCUCUUGAGGAAUCUCAGAGGCCUACUACUGCAAGAAAGAGAGUUUUCGGACUACACAAAAGUGGGAAUCCAUUUGAACCAGUUUAUGGGGAGCAGCUCUAGCAUUGGUGCCAAAAGGGUCAGAAAUAUAUGCGUUGCCUUUCGCGCCGCUUCCGAACAGAAUAACCGAACUGCAUGCUUGCGAGCUUUAGAGCUGCUAGAGCACGAAUAUUGCUAUCUCAAGAACAAACUCCACGAACUCUUCCAAAUCGAACAGCAAAGAGCUCUGGCAACUGGAGUUAGGUACCCAAUGCAUAACUAAAAACAAGACAUCAUAAGUCCCUCUAAUAUUGGAUCACACUUAUUGAUUUCGGCUGAUCUCAACUUAUCACUAGACAUUCGGAUUCUUAGUUUCUUUUGUCUCUUUGUCUUGAAACAAUCACACAGUUAUUGAAUUACAUAAUAAUUUUCAAAACAUAAUUCAAUAAUUAUGAUUGUUUUGAGAUUAGAGAACAUAAAAUUUGAAACAGUCAGUCAUGUGGAGGAGAAGAGGAAGAAAAAGGGUUGACACUACUGUCAAAGGUUAUGUUCUUUUCUUUUUGAAGUAGGGGUGUUUUUUAGUGUUUGCAAUGUGAGAUGUAUCUGAAAGCAAAUAAUGUUUCUAAAAAAUGGGAUACAUGAAUGGUUGUACUUUGAAGCUGCAUUUCAGAUUCUGAUAUCAUUUCUGGAGAUUCAGCUUUUAAUGCUUAAUUAGGGCUUCUUCUUUUUUUUCCCCUCAUGAAGAGUCACUUUCUAAUUGAUCAGAGAAACGCAU